GAAUAUGUAGAACUGAAGAAGCUUCACAAUUUGGCCCCUUAUUAGACCUGACAUUACUAAAUUCUGAAUUUAGGACGCAUGUCAUUAAUGAAAUUAAUAAGUAUAAGGUAAAUGAUGAAACUUUUCAGAUGGAAAGGAGGUGCGGGUCUCAUAAACUUGAAAGUGCAUUUUUUGCUUCCGUUUAUAAAAACAAUCUUCAAGGUGAUUUAAGCUGUUUAGAAAAGUUGAAUUCCUGCACUCCCCAUGCUUUUAGUGCUGAAGAAUACUUUCAGUGGAGUAGAUGGGUGGCCUAUAAUAACUCUUUAAUAGUCAACGAACACAAUGAAGAAUCUGUUUCAGAGGUUUCGGCUGAGAGGCUUGAGAAGGAUGAACUUAUUUUAACUGUGGAUGUUUUUUCUCUGGCUGGAAAUAAGCUUCCUGUAAUAGUCGUUGUGUUUGAGUUGUCCCGUUAUUUCUGGCGUAGGUUUUCUCAAAGAUUUGAAGUUUACGGCACCCAGAAUUUAAAACGCUUGAAAGACUUCAUAUAUUGUGUCAAUAACCUUAACGAAGGUGCUUUAACCGUGAAUUCUGAGUUUUUUUACAUUGAGAAUACUUUUUAUAUUGACUUUGGUGUUGACUCGGAGAACUCUCUUUGCUAUCAGGAUUAUAGCAAGGACAUAUUGGCCUGGGCAGAGCAGGUCAGGCAUCCAGACUUUCAUAAAAUGAAAACCUGGAAAGCGCCAAUGCAUUUCGUGACUUUUCUUGAGCUUUCUAUCCGCUUAGGGUGCCCGUAUCUCUACCAACAUCAAGGCGACUGCCAGCACAUAUUAAAGUUUUCUAAGGUCAGACUUUUGCACGAAACGGAUAGUAUCUGGAAAAGCAGCUAUCCGCUCAAUAUUAUCAAAGAAAAACUUUCAAUGAGGAAGUGCUCCAUCUGUUUAAAGUUCCCAGCGAGUAAAGUUGUUUAUAAUGAUGAAAAGGCUUUAGAGAAUCCCAUGUUUUACUGCAAGUACUGCUUUGGACCCCUUCAAGCAGGUGAUGAACGAGCCAACCACACGACUCCAGCUCCUAGUUAUAUUGCUUAUAGUUAUUUUCACGAUUGAGCA